AUGCACUCCACCGUCUAUACUGGGUUGCUAUGCGGCCUCGCCGCCCCUGCAUUGGCUGUGGUCUUGGAGAGCCUAGCUGGCGGCGUGCCGAGCAGCUGGUCCGCUGUUGGCACCCCGUCCGCAGACGCUACCAUGACUCUGUCGAUUGCGCUGAGUCGUCAGAACCUAGAUCAACUCGAGACCACGCUGUCUAAAGUUUCCACCCCCGGCCAAUCGACCUAUGGUCAAUGGCUGGAAAAGGACGACGUAGACACCCAGUUUCCCGUUGUGGAUGAUGCAUCGGUCAUCAGCUGGCUGCAGGACGCUGGUAUCUCGACAGUCUCCCGCAAUGGGGCUUUGCUGGACUUCACUGGGAGCGUGGAGCAGAUCAACAAACUCCUAAACACAAGCUUCGCCUAUUACCAGAAGGGCGAUUCGGUCAAGCUGCGCACCACCGAAUACUCGAUCCCCAACGACCUGACCGACUAUAUCGAUCUGAUUUCGCCGACCGUCUACUUUGGCAAGACGCGCAGCGCAGUCCCAGUCCCGCUCAAGCCAUCAAAGAUCCAGGCUCGUGAUGCGUCAUCAGCCGAUGUUUCAGCCGCCUGUCAGACUUCUAUUACCCCGUCGUGUCUGAAGGAAAUGUACAACAUCGGAGACUAUACUCCAGAACCUUCAGCUGGUAGCCGUGUCGGGUUUGGCAGCUUCUUGAACCAAUCAGCCUCAUAUUCAGAUCUGGCAAAAUACGAAACCUUGUUCGACAUCCCAUCUCAGAACUUCACCGUCGAGCUGCUUAACGGCGGUGUGAAUAACCAAGCCGCUGACGAAGCUGACCUUGGUGAAGCUAAUCUGGAUGUGCAACUGAUUGUUGCCGUGUCCCACCCGCUACCCGUACAUGAGUUUAUAACCGGUGGCGUUGCCCCUUUCAUCCCCGAUGCGGAUGAGCCUACUGCAUCUGACGAUGAGAACGAACCCUACUUGAUCUACUACGAGUACUUGCUCUCCAAGGCCAAUUCUGAGCUACCCCAGGUGAUCUCAAACUCCUACGGUGAUGAUGAACAAACUGUCCCAGAAAAAUAUGCCAAGCGUGUUUGCAAUCUGAUCGGCCUCAACACACUGCGUGGGCUGACUAUCAUUCACUCUUCUGGUGAUGAGGGUGUUGGCUCAGCCUGUCAGGCAACCGAUGGCGUCACCCCCCAAUUCAACCCCAUCUUCCCUGCGACCUGCCCGUACGUGACUGCUGUGGGAGGCACCUCCGAUGUCACCCCUGAGGUUGCCUGGAAUGCUUCAUCUGGUGGUUUCUCCAACAUAUUCUCCCGCGCCUGGUACCAGGAAUCCGCUGUUGAGACAUACUUGACCAAGGUCAGCUCUGAGACCAAGGAGUACUAUGGGCAAUAUACCGAUUUCGAGGGACGUGGCUUCCCGGACGUCUCUGCUCACAGUCUGUACCCGGACUUUGAGGUUAUUUACGUUGGUAAGAAGGCUGCCUCUGGUGGUACCUCUGCUGCUGCCCCUACAUUUGCUGGCAUCAUUGGCUUGUUGAAUGAUGCUCGUCUACGUGCCGGAAAGUCAACCUUGGGCUUUUUGAACCCCUUCUUGUAUUCAAAAGGAUACAAAGCGCUGAACGAUAUUACCGGUGGAUCUUCUUAUGGGUGCGGCGGCAUUGAUCCUCAGAGUGACGAGGCUGUUGAGGGUAGUCUGGUCAUCCCUGGUGCGCACUGGAAUGCUACUGAAGGAUGGGAUCCAGUUACUGGCCUGGGUACACCCAACUUCCAGAAGCUGAAGGAACUGGUUCUGUCACUAUAA